AUGAUCCCCCCUUCAAGUGCCAAACGAAAUUGCAUUGAAUCGGAAUUACCAAACACCAAUCAACGAUACGGCAACCGAACAUUCUCGACAUUUACGCCAGCGGAACAAGAAGAACUUCGGCGUAAGGCUUCGAAGAUUUACGAAGGUGCCACAUUUCAAAGCUUUGAUGAAUUCGAAGAAUAUUUGGAAGCCUACAAAAUUGUAUGGAAUUAUCCGUACAGGAGAGCCAGUUCUGAACAUCUCCGAGAUGGCGAAGGACGUAUAAUUAACCGUUUCAAAUAUAAAUAUGUAGUGUUUCACUGCGCUCACUAUGGGCUUCCACGAGGCGGUAAACGUCCAAAUCAGAGUUACCUUCCAUUAGGUUGCCAAGCGAGAUUUCGUUUAAAUUCUGACACAACCAAUGGCUGUCUUCGGAUUUCGUCUUUCCACAAAGAACAUAAAAAUCACGACAGCACUGAAGAAGACUAUUUGCGC